AUGCUUUUUGGCAAAUCAACUACGCCACUUGGCCUGGCCAUUUCCCUUCUUGCUUGCGUUGAUACCAUAGAAGCCUCUUAUUAUCCUAUUAGUGGCGUUCAUACUGGUGUUGAUACACAGACGGGAGCCAGGCCUGCGCGAAGAGACAUUUUGGAUCUUCAAAAUGAUGUCCCAACUUGGUCCAUCUAUAUCCAAGCACUCACUGCUUUUCAACGAGUCCCAGAAGAUGAUCAGUUGUCUUGGUUUCAAAUUGCCGGUAUCCACGGUCGUCCCUACUAUUCAUGGGGCAAUGUGAGCUGGAAUCCAGCAGCUCCACAAAUCGGUUAUUGUACCCACGACGGUGUGUUGUUCCCUACUUGGCAUCGUCCAUAUCUUGCCCUAUACGAGCACACUCUCGCCAUUCACGUUCAGACCAUUGCCGCUACAUACAAUGAUGACGCUUACACUGCUGCUGCCGCAAACUUCCGUAUCCCAUACUGGGAUUGGGCCGCUGCUCCCAUCCUUCCCCCUGUUAUCAGUGAUGCCACUGUUCAAAUCAACACAACUUCUGGUAUUCAAAAUGUUGCCAACCCUCUCCUACUCUAUAAGUUCCAGCAAUUUCCAUUGAAAGAAACUUGGUUUCCGACUACGGGCACCAGCAGAGCGGAUGAAGACUUGGCUCAAGAUCCUACAACCUUGAGAUUUCCCAAUGCAGCUAUCAGGGGAACAUCUCAGCCGGAAAACGCCAAUGACAACUUAGGUUCCGAAGGUCUGAUGAAUAUGAUCUUUUCGGUGUUCUCAAAAUCUACGGUAUAUAAUAACAUGGCGACGCAAGUCUCUCCGGGCCCUUCCCUAGAAAAUCCUCAUGGUGCUGUACAUGAUGCUGUUGGAGGUUCCCACGGUCACAUGAGUCAAUUGAGCUACGCAGGCUUUGAUCCCGUGUUCUGGCUUCACCACGCAAACGUGGACCGUCUUUUUGCCAUGUGGCAAGCAGUCCACCCGGAUGCCUGGAUGCUUCCGGAAUCCGACCAGAUCGGAACCUUUACAAUAGCCCCUGGUGCGACUGAUACUUCGACGUCGCCAUUGACCCCAUUUUAUCAAGCUGAUGGAGAGACACCUUGGACGUCAGAUGCUGCUCGCUACACGAGUACAUUUGGAUACUCGUAUGCGUCAGUUCCAGAUGCGCUUAUCACAAAUGCAACGGAGCUCUCAGCCAAUGUUACCGCGACGGUCAAUGCGUUAUAUAAUCCCAGGGGAAUAUUCACAGGUUCGAAAGAAACGAGAGACGAGAAGAGAGAAUGGUCAGUGGCUAUCCAAGCUUUAUCCACAGCGCUAGGCGAGAGAUUCACAGUCAGAUUAUACAUUGAAGGCAGCAGUCCAGUCGCUUCCUUUCAUGUAUUGCCACCCCCUGUUGCAGACGGAGGUCAUGCGCUAGGUCUGACGUAUCACAAUGAGUUUACCCUAUCUCACGCUAUCAAGACGGUAGAUACAACUAAUGUGGACGAUAUGGUGAAUUAUCUGAAAGCAAAUCUGAGCUGGACGGUGGAGAAAAGAGAUGGAUCGCCGAUACCGAUAGAACAGGUAUCAGGUCUAUUUAUUACGGUUCAUGAUGAGAUCAUUACUCAUCCAACAGACGAGACGAAAUUCCCUAUCUAUGGAAUUAAGACCCUCCACCCCGAAAUCACAAGCGGAAAAGCUGGUGGAGCAAGCUAG